GCACAGUUGUGUAUUCUUUUGUUUAUGAAUGGCUGGAGAUUCCGAAAGAAUCAUGGAACGAAACCAAGAAUCGGGGAAGGGUCAUGACCGCAGACCGAACAUGGAGGCCAUCCUUGUGGCUUCAAAGUUGCCGAAGGCAGUGCCGCCUAUUUCUUCGGCACGCGGGGGUGAAACUCUCAGGCGUCCACGUGGAAGGCCAGCUGGCUCCAAAAAUAAACCAAAACCUCCUAUUAUUGUUACUCGAGAUAGUGCUAACGCACUCCGAGCCCAUGCAAUGGAGGUGAGCUCCGGCUGCGAUGUGUGUGAGAGUUUAGCCAACUUUGCAAGAAGGAAGCAGCGUGGAAUAUCAGUGCUUAGUGGGAGCGGUUGUGUAACCAAUGUGACCCUAAGACAACCAGCCUCGUCGGGGGCCAUCGUGACCCUUCAUGGGCGGUUUGAGAUACUCUCACUGCUUGGAUCUGUCUUGCCCCCACCUGCUCCACAGGGGAUCACGGGACUAACCAUCUACCUGGCAGGGGCUCAAGGGCAGGUUGUGGGUGGAGUUGUGGUUGGUGCCCUCAUUGCUUCAGGCCCUGUUGUGAUAAUGGCUGCAUCAUUCAUGAACGCGUCUUUUGAUCGUUUGCCGUUGGAUGAGGGUGGAAUCACUGCUGCUGUGCAGAAUCAGCAUUACGAAAACGGUCGUCGUCACCACCUCGAUAUCCCGGAUUUGUACGGAAUGCCGCAGAAAUUGCUCACCAAUGGUGCUGUGACCCCUGAGAUUUACUCUUGGGCACCAGGGCGAACCAUGUCAAAAUCCUAAUUAGCAGCAAAUCUUCUAGCCUCUCAUAUUCGCAAAUCCUAAUAUUCUUCGAUGUUGUGUUAUUUCACUAAUGUGUUCAGGCUUCCUUGUAAAAGCACUUCUCUGUUCUGCUUGGCAUGAACUCUUAUUUUUCCAUCAGUCUAGAGUUCCUUGAAAACA